AUGGCUCAAUCAAGGCAACUCUUUCUCUUCGGUGAUCAGACAGCGGAUUUUGUUCCCAAGAUCCGCAGUCUACUGUCCGUCCAGGACAGCCCUAUUCUAGCCGCCUUUCUGGACCAGUCCCACUAUGUCGUGCGAGCCCAGAUGGUGCAGAGCAUGAACAUGGUUGAUCACAAGUUGGCUCGAACCGCUGACCUGCGCCAAAUGGUGCAGAAGUAUGUCGACGGCAAACUGACCCCGGCAUUUCGAACCGCUCUAGUGUGCCUCUGCCAGUUGGGAUGCUUCAUCCGGGAAUAUGAGGAAUCUGGCAACAGGUACCCGCAGCCCAGUGAUAGCUACGUGUUGGGAUUCUGUAUGGGCUCCUUGGCUGCUGUGGCGGUAAGCUGCAGUCGUUCCCUGUCAGAACUGCUGCCUAUCGCUGUGCAAACUGUGUUGAUUGCCUUCCGCCUCGGUCUUCGCGCCCUAGAGGUGCGUGAUCAGGUGGAUGGGUGUAGUGAUGACCGAGGUGACCCUUGGUCUACCAUUGUUUGGGGUCUGGAUCCCCAGCAAGCUCGUGAUCAAAUUGAAGUGUUUUGUCAGACUACAAACGUACCUCAGACAAGGCGCCCCUGGAUCAGCUGCAUCUCUAAGAACGCCAUCACUCUAAGUGGCAGCCCAUCCACAUUGAGAGCAUUCUGUGCGAUGCCUGAGAUGGCCCAGCACCGGACUACUCCAAUUCCCAUCUGUUUACCGGCCCACAAUGGUGCCCUCUUCACGCGCGCAGAUAUCACUGCCAUACUAAACAGGACGCCUACCACUCCCUGGGAGCAACUGCCCGGCCAAAUACCUUAUAUUUCCCAUGUGACGGGUAAUGCAGUCCAGACUACCAACUACCGUGAUCUUAUGGAGAUAGCUCUGUCUGAGACUCUCUUGGAGCAAGUGCGACUAGACCUGGUUGAGACUGGACUGCCACGCCUUUUGCAAUCUCGUCAGGUUAAGAGCGUCAUCAUGGUACCAUUCUUGACUCGCAUGAAUGAGACCAUGAGCACCAUUCUCCGAGACAGCUUUAUCACUUCUCAGACGAGAACUGAUACUGGACGAGCUAUCCCCACUUCAGGUCGGCCGGGCGCAGCCAAGUCCAAGCUGGCUAUUGUGUCCAUGUCAGGGAGGUUUCCUGAAUCACCGACCACUGAAAGCUUUUGGGACCUUCUUUACAAAGGGUUGGAUGUUUGUAAAGAGGUUCCUCGUCGACGGUGGGACAUCAACACGCAUGUUGAUCCCAGCGGGAAAGCACGAAACAAAGGGGCUACAAAAUGGGGGUGCUGGCUGGAUUUCUCAGGCGAUUUUGAUCCCCGAUUCUUUGGGAUCUCGCCCAAAGAGGCGCCGCAGAUGGAUCCUGCUCAGCGCAUGGCCUUGAUGUCUACUUACGAGGCAAUGGAGCGGGCUGGUUUGGUUCCCGACACCACGCCGUCGACCCAGCGAGACCGCAUUGGGGUCUUCCACGGAGUCACCAGUAACGACUGGAUGGAGGUUAAUACGGCCCAGAACAUUGACACAUACUUCAUCACCGGUGGAAACCGGGGGUUUAUUCCCGGGCGCAUUAAUUUCUGCUUCGAAUUCGCUGGGCCCAGCUAUACCAAUGACACGGCCUGUUCCUCCAGCCUAGCUGCCAUCCACCUGGCCUGCAACUCUCUCUGGCGGGGCGACUGUGACACGGCGGUGGCAGGAGGAACUAACAUGAUCUAUACUCCUGAUGGUCACACAGGGUUGGAUAAAGGAUUCUUUCUUUCCCGGACUGGCAACUGCAAACCCUACGACGACAAGGCCGAUGGUUACUGCCGAGCUGAGGGGGUCGGGACGGUGUUCAUCAAACGGCUGGAAGAUGCUCUGGAAGAUAAUGACCCCAUCCUCGGCGUUAUUCUAGAUGCUAAAACUAAUCACUCAGCCAUGUCGGAGUCGAUGACUCGGCCGCACGUGGGCGCCCAAAUCGACAACAUGACGGCGGCGCUGAAUACCACUGGACUCCAGCCCAAUGACUUUAGCUACAUUGAGAUGCAUGGCACCGGCACCCAGGUAGGAGAUGCGGUGGAGAUGGAGUCGGUCUUGUCGGUGUUUGCGCCGUCCGAAACCGCCAGAAAGGCGGAUCAGCCACUAUUUGUCGGCUCAGCCAAGGCCAACGUUGGACAUGGAGAGGGCGUGUCCGGAGUUACUAGCCUUAUUAAGGUUUUGAUGAUGAUGCAGCACGAUACCAUACCCCCCCACUGCGGCAUCAAACCGGGCAGCAAAAUCAACCGCAAUUUCCCUGAUCUUGGAGCUCGCAAUGUGCACAUCGCUUUUGAACCCAAGCCCUGGCCACGCACAACCGCCCCCCGCAAGGACGCUCCGGAACGUCACUGGCCGACAGAGAAGGAUCCGCGCUCUAGUCAUAUCGUCGCCCUGUCUGCGCAUGUGGGGGCUUCUAUGACAACCAACCUCGAACGAUUGCAUCGGUAUCUCGUGAAGAACCCCCACACUGAUCUCGCGCAGCUGUCAUAUACCACUACGGCGCGUCGAUGGCAUUACCCACACCGAGUGAGUGUCACUGGCGCGUCUGUUGAAGAGGUGACUCGCAAGCUAGAGAUGGCCAUACAGAACGGGGACGGAGUCAGUCGACCCAAAGGUAAGCCAAAGAUUCUCUUUGCUUUCACGGGGCAAGGGUCCCAAUAUGCAACCAUGGGUAAACAGCUGUACGAAGCGUAUCCAUCAUUCAGAGAGGACCUGGAGAAGUUUGAUCGGUUGGCACAAAGUCAUGGCUUCCCUAGCUUUCUUCACGUCUGUACUUCGCCUAAAGGGGAUGUGGAAGAAAUGGCUCCCGUUGUGGUACAACUGGCUAUCACCUGCCUUCAAAUGGCCCUAACUAACCUCAUAACUUCCUUCGGAAUCCGUGCCGAUGCGACAGUGGGGCAUAGUUUGGGUGAAUUUGCAGCCCUGUACGCGGCGGGAGUUCUUUCCGCCUCAGACGUGGUUUACCUUGUUGGUCAAAGAGCGGAGCUUCUCCAGGAGCGCUGCCAACGCGGGACCCAUGCUAUGCUGGCAGUGAAAGCUACUCCUGAAGCGUUGUCCCAAUGGAUCCGGGAUCAUGGCUGUGAAGUGGCCUGUAGUAAUGGCCCUGAAGACACCGUUCUCAGUGGCACCACCAAGAAUAUUGCCGAGGUUCAACGCGCCAUGACAGAGAACAGGAUUAAAUGCACGUUGUUGAAACUGCCGUUUGCAUUUCAUUCUGCCCAGGUACAGCCUAUUCUGGCCGACUUUGAGGCUCUGGCUCAGGGAGCAACAUUUGCUAAGCCCCAACUACCAAUUCUCUCUCCCUUGCUGCGGACAGAAAUCCGCGAACAAGGCGUCGUGACUCCAUCAUAUGUCGCGCAACAUUGCCGUCACACUGUUGAUAUGGCCCAAGCCUUGAUAUCUGCUCGAGAGAAGGGACUCAUCGACGAUAAGACCCUCGUCAUUGAGCUGGGACCGAAGCCCUUAAUCUCGGGCAUGGUAAAAAUGACGCUGGGAGAGAAAAUAACCACCUUACCCACUCUAGUACCUAACAAGGCCAUUUGGCCCAACCUGCAGCAGAUUCUCUCCUCGGUCUACACGGGUGGGUGGGAUAUUGAUUGGAAGAAAUAUCACGCCCCUUUCGCCUCCUCCCAGAAGGUGGUGGAUCUCCCGAGCUACGGCUGGGAUUUGAAGGAUUACUACAUCCCGUACCAGGGUGACUGGUGCCUGCAUCGCCACCAGCAGGACUGCAAGUGCGCCACGCCUGGCCACGAAAUCAAAACGGCCGACUACCAAGUCCCUCCUGAGUCGAAACCUCCCCGUCCAUCCAAGCUGGACCCUAGCAAGGAGGCCUUCCCCGAAAUCAAGACCACCACGACACUCCAUCGAGUGGUGGAGGAGACGACCAAACCUUUGGGGGCCACCUUAGUUGUGGAGACAGACAUAUCUCGGAAGGAUGUCAACGGCCUCGCUCAAGGGCAUCUUGUCGAUGGGAUCCCUCUGUGUACCCCUUCCUUUUAUGCUGACAUCGCCAUGCAAGUGGGCCAAUACAGUAUGCAGCGGCUCCGUGCGGGACAUCCGGGGGCCGGUGCCAUAGAUGGCCUCGUGGACGUGUCCGACAUGGUGGUAGACAAAGCGUUGGUUCCCCAUGGGAAGGAGCCUCAAUUGCUGCGCACAACGCUCACGAUGGAAUGGCCGCCCAAGGCUGCUGCUACUACGCGAAGCGCCAAAGUCAAAUUCGCCACGUAUUUUGCCGAUGGCAAGCUCGAUACGGAGCAUGCCAGCUGUACUGUCCGAUUCACAACCGAUGCACAAUUAAAAUCUCUGCGCCGGUCUGUGUCUGAGUACAAGACCCAUAUCCGCCAGUUACGUGAUGGCCAUGCCAAAGGGCAGUUCAUGCGAUUCAAUCGGAAGACCGGGUACAAGCUCAUGAGCAGCAUGGCUCGGUUUAAUGCCGACUACAUGCUCUUGGAUCAUCUGGUGCUGAACGAAGCAGAGAACGAAGCAGCAAGUUGUGUAGACUUGUCGUUGGGAUCGUCAGAAGGCACCUUUGCAGCUCACCCAGCUCACGUCGACGCCAUCACCCAGGUGGCCGGUUUUGCUAUGAAUGCCAAUGACAAUGUCGACAUUGAGAAGCAGGUUUACGUCAAUCACGGGUGGGAAUCGUUCCAGAUUUACCAACCGCUCCAUGCAAGCAAGUCUUACGAGGUCUACACCAAGAUGGGUCAAAUGAAGGAAAAUGAUUUGGUGCAUGGCGAUGUGGCAGUUUUGGACGGAGAAGAAGUCGUUGCUUUCUUCCGCGGUCUUUCACUGCGAUGCGUUCCCCGUGGUGCGCUGCGUGUCAUCCUGCAGUCUACAGCGGAAAAGGCCGAUCGCAAACUAGGGUUAAAGACAAUGCCGCCGCCGCCGCCGCCGACGAUACCAAUAUCGUCUUCCAAACCAACCUCUACUCAGGUUUCCGGCCAACCGAUUCCAGCAGAGGCCGCUCAUCCUCACACCCCGCCACAGCUAAAGGAUUCACGGGCACCGGAAACUACCGGAAGCGCUCCAGCGGCAAAAGGGGCAGGCGUCAGUAACGAAAAGUUAGAUGCUGUAAUGCGAGUUGUUUCGGAGGAGAGUGGAAUUGCCCUCGAGGAGCUCACUGAUGACAGCAACUUUGCUGACAUGGGCAUCGAUUCUCUGAGUUCAAUGGUCAUUGGGAGCCGCUUCAGAGAGGAUCUUGGGCUGGACCUGGGGCCUGAGUUUUCUCUUUUCAUUGAUUGCACUACCGUCCGUGCCUUGAAAGACUUCAUGUUGGGAAGCGGGAAUGCUGGCAGUGGCUCCAAUGUAGAAGAUCCCCCUCCGUCAGCUACUCCUGGCACCAAUCCCGAAACCGAUUGGUCUAGCAGUGCCUCCGACACUGCUUUCACCAGCGAAGAUCACAGUCAUGCGAGUGAGUCCGGUGCCGACACUGGAAGUCCGCCUACACUUGAUCUGAAGCCUUACUGUCGCCCCUCAACUUCUGUCGUCCUACAAGGCCUACCUAUGGUAGCGCGGAAAACUCUGUUUAUGCUCCCUGAUGGGGGAGGGUCGGCCUUCUCUUACGCCUCCCUCCCGCGCCUCAAAUCAGAUACCGCGGUAGUGGGUCUGAACUGCCCUUAUGCCCGGGAUCCCGAGAACAUGAACUGCACACAUGGAGCUAUGAUUGAGAGCUUUUGCAAUGAGAUCCGGCGGCGACAGCCGCGGGGGCCCUAUCACUUGGGCGGCUGGUCGUCCGGUGGUGCAUUUGCUUAUGUCGUGGCUGAGGCACUUGUUAACCAGGGGGAGGAGGUCCAUUCUUUAAUCAUUAUUGAUGCGCCGAUUCCCCAAGCCAUGGAACAACUCCCCCGAGCCUUUUACGAGCACUGCAACAGCAUUGGAUUGUUCGCUACCCAGCCCGGGGCUAGUCCAGAUGGUUCGACUGAGCCUCCGCCCUACUUAAUCCCACACUUUGCUGCUGUGGUGGACGUGAUGCUGGAUUACAAGUUGGCCCCGUUGCAUGUGCGCCGGAUGCCCAAGGUCGGCAUCGUCUGGGCGGCAGAUACAGUCAUGGACGAGCGGGAUAGCCCCAAGAUGAAAGGAAUGCAUUUCAUGAUUCAAAGGCGGACGGACUUUGGCCCCGAUGGGUGGGACACGAUCAUGCCCGGGGCCUCGUUUGAUAUUGUCCGAGCGGACGGUGCUAAUCAUUUUACAUUGAUGCAAAAGGAACAUGUCUAUAAAAUUAGCGAUCUGAUCGACCGGGUCAUGGCCUAG